AUGAACAAAGUAGGAUAUGACAGAUUUGGGAAUAACGAGCUGUUCGCACCUAUGAUGAAAUGGGAGGUCUUCAAGAAACAAGUCGAAGUCAUCAAAGAUCGUGCAGAAACGUUUGAGGACGCUUACAAUGCUAUCAAAGAAUCGAUUAAACGGCGUGAUGACGUUAAGACAAUACUGAAAGCACUACCACAGGCUGCCAGACUUCAAGUUGUAAAGCAAAAGAACAGACUGGAAGAGGCCAGACGGGUAGCAGUGAGCGAAAAGGGAGCAUAUGUGUUGGUAAGUGUCGAAACCUCCAUGUCGAUUAUCUACCGAUUUCUUAGCGAGAGGGCAUCAACCUGUGAAACUGAGAUCUCUAACUAAUCCUCCCUUUUACAUUUUUCUAAGAUGAAUAAUGCUAUACCGGCGAUCUUCACUUGAAACACUCUGAAUCAAAACACUUUCGUAAGCGAAUUUUGUCAACGUGGGCAUUGCAUACGGCGUCCUGUCCUUCUCUAAAACAUUUAUUUCAAAGGGAAACAACUAAUGAACAAGUCUUCUGCUCUGACCAGAUGCCUCGACUCUAUACGUGGGAGUAUAGCUUAGAAACAAAGUGGAGCUUAGUCCCAUAGCCUUUUCUAACAGUGUUAGAAAAUCAAAGGCCUUACGGAAAACGCACUGGUCGGGCGACGAGGUCUGGGUUCAAGACAAAGCUGGUCAAUAUUGGUGAAGACAUUUUAUUUUUAAAGUACUUCUCUCCACCAAAGAGCACCAGUGAAGUGUUAGAGAAGUGUUAGAGAAGUCGGGCGGAUUGAUGAAGGAUAACCUGCGAUGACGUAGCAUCCAGUCCAUUGGGCGUGGCAUUACUCCUUGUCGCUUCGUGCUAAGGGGUUCCGGAUAUACUCCAGCUAAAGAUAAGCCAAACGGCGAAAUUUCAGAUUGAACUUCCUUGGUUUACUUCAAUCUUUAACAUAUUAAUGAAUAAAGGGGUUAAGUUUCAAAAGAAACUGGGGCGCUGCGUCGGUGGGAGAGUAUAACAGGGUAAUUAAGAGUAAAUAAGGUAAAUUGGUCAUCGUAAAGAGUUUUAAAGAUAAACAGUUUAACUCCAUUCACUCUCGUCAUAAAAUUAUACCAGUUUAUCUUAACUUUGUGAAAUGUUAUAAAUCGCAGUAUUGUAAAGGCUGCUUUCGCGAUACUGACAACAGUGAACGCGAAGAUAAACUCAUGUGUCGGUUGGAACUGAAGAUAAUGAAUACGCAAAUAAAAAUACGCAAAUACGCGGGGGAACCAAGCCGUGUACAUAUAAUUUCUUUUCAGCAACAUCUUCUCUGAAGAGUAACUUAAAUAACGAUAGGCGACUGAAAAUAAUAACUCAUUUGUCUUAUUUUAUUCUACGUAUCCUUGCCCUAACAUUACAAUUUUAUGUCUUUGUUGCACCAGGCUAUUGGUGAGCUGGAGGCCAGCAUGAAGAGCAAUCUACUGGAAGCAAAAGCGAUGCUUCCAGACGUGUACAAAAAAGCAAAGUUUAACAGCGACGACUUAUUUGUCAUUCUUGAAGGAGUAACAGGAUUCUUUAGUGGUGCAAUGGGAAAAGAUCCUUUCGCCGCCCUUGGAUCAGCCCUAGGAGUGAUCGGACAUUUUGCUGGCAAAUGUGACCUUGGUAAACUUCAGAAUAAUUUGGGUAAAGUAGAAAAAUGGUUGAAAUUUGGACAGGACUAUGCUGCCCUGAAAGACUCAAGUGAAUUGGAUUUUGACCAAAUGGAUGUGGCUGCUGUACCUGAAGUAAUGCAGGUAAACAUAGAAAUGCUGCAUCUUCGAUAUCUAUGUUUGUGUUUCUUAACAGCUUGUUGUUUUGUUGUUUGUUUGUUUAUCUACUCAUUUAUUUUUACUCUUUUGUUUGUUUUGUUUUCUGUGUGUCUCUCUGACUCUCUGUCUGUGUGUUUGUCUGUACGCCUCUUUCUUCGACCCUAACUUUGUUGCUGUUUCCCAAGUUAUAUCCAGCUCAUGACGAUUUCUUUAUCUUCUUAUAAAAAGGCUAAUCUGGAAAUGAACAAGGAGGGACUUGCAGCGGAUCUUGUUUGCCUGCUGGAUGAGAGUUCAAAACCCCGAAACUCGGCAAAGUUUCAAGAACAGAUCGAACGAUUUUUUAUCGCCGGUGCAGCAAGAAUCGAUCUCAUAGCAAAGGUCAUGGACUUGGAUAACGAAAUCGGUGGACAUAACUUUGACAUUCCUAACUUAGAAGAGACAGCAAAUGAAAUUGAAAGCCUUGGUAACUCUGGUGGUAAGGAUCUUUGUGAUUAUACAUCGCAUCAAUGCUACCUCUUUUUAUAACAAUGAUAUUUGCGCUUACGAUCGCACGCACGGUCGUGCACAUGCAGGAUGACGUGUGGCUAUACAUUCUCGCCGAAAUUUCCCAUCAAGUUUAGCUUGAAGGCCACGUCGCUUCACGCUUUCCCUGUUGAUGUUCCUCUCUCCGUAAAUAAGCAGGAAAACGAAUAUUAAGCGUGACAGGUUCGUUUUCCAAAUUCAUCCAACUUACAACCGCUGCUUUUCAUAAUUUCUGUUUAAUUAGCAUGAUGGUGUAUUUGUAUUUUAGUAAGCAAAGGUCUAAUAAUAAAAUAUUUCCUUUUCAGAUUCUCCCAUCGCUGAAAGCACGCAGCAGAUGUUUCUGGAUGAUUUACUUACGUCUUAUCAGCAGAUAGAGACAGGAUUUGCACGACAACUGUACCAGUUGUACAAAGGUUUCGAGUUUCGCUCUCUAUGGAUUGUUCAGGAAAAAUUAGCAGAAUUCGAACGGCAAGCGGUGUUAGCCGCUCAGGGAACAGGAAAUCUCCAAGGGAUUUUAGAGCUUACAAAAGCACUUCAAGGAAUCGAUGAUAUCGAAAAUAGGGGACAGCGAUGCUUCACAAGAUUUCGCCAC